AUGAACAACUUCCAAGCCGUUGUGUCACAGUUUUUCGAGUGGCAGACAUCUGUGGUGGUUCGAUGGCCUUUGCCUUUUCUUGUGGUACCUCCAUUCCUUACAAUCGCUCUAGUACUGGGUACUGCGAUGGACUUCCAGUUGAACAUCUCCAACGAGACUUUACAGUUGAUCACACUAUUUCCACCACGAGACGCACAGCGGGAUAGCUACAGUAUCUUCGGAUCGAAAUUCGCUUCGUUCGUGCUUGAAGACGUGGAAGGGAAUGCUGUUAGCAAGGAAUCAAUCGAAAGCGUUGCAGCACUUCAUAGAUCCAUUAUGUCGUUGAAGACAAGUAACGGAGGGAAGGUAUUCUCCGAUGUCUGCCUUCGUUCUUCCGACGGCUGCACUCUGCAUCCACUUGCCUACGCUUUGGAAGAUGACGAGCCAAAGAAAGACAGCCACGGUAACGGACCAAUCGAGACGGCAAGAGCACUGCGUAUCUUCUACCUGUUAGAGCCAUCGAUUGAUGUGGAGAGUUGGAUUGACACAUUCUUGGAGCACAUGGCGACCUAUCGUGUCAACUCAUCGUCGAGGCUCUACUGGACCUCGUCAAAGAGUUUGACAAGUGAAAUGGAGCGCAACAGCACGCUGCUGAUUCCCUUCAUGCCGUGGGCGGCGACGUUUUUACUGGUGUUCUGCAUGGUCGCCUGCUCGUCCAGAGAUGUCGUCAGGUACUGA